ACUUGAAUAUAUUAAAAUUAGGUCAACAUUAGUAAACGUUUAUGAUCAAAUUGUUACCUGCGUGUGACAAACGUGUGGUUGAUUAUUACAAGAUUAAAAACGCCAUAUAAACAUCAGAUGAUUAUUUUAGCCUAAACCAGAUGGAUGGGAUUAAAAAAAAUUACGUCUUCGAAGUCAUGGCCGCUCAAUAUUGUCAAUUUGUUCUGGAAGAAGAUAUCAAAAACCGACUCCCCACUGACGUAACUGCUUAGCGCGACAUGACUUAAGUGGCAGUUUAAUUUGUUAAACAAAGUGCAUCUGAAACUAUGAUUAUUUUUCAGUGCUAUUCAUCUAGAAUUUCACUCUGAGAAGUUCAGUGGAACGAAAAUUUCGUGACAAGGAACAAGCCGGAUAGAGGGAUACAAUUCUGAAAGUCUCGGGAAAAUCUCUUCAUGAUCACCUCUUUGCUACAUAUUUCCUGGAGUCACUGUUGGUAGCUUGCUUGGAUUUCACGUAUGAAUGCUAUUGGAAUUCACUCAAGUUUUCUUCCUGGAUUCGCCGCUCUAGCUCGUUUGAGCACGGUCUGCAGCCGAAACAAAGACCCCGAGCGGGAAAUCUCCCCAGCUGCCCACCAGUAGGAAGGCUAGCGUCAGGUUGAAAGAUUUCUUCAAAAAUUAUUUCAAGUUCAUUUAUUUCAAAGGAACAUUUGGCCAAUUCAGAACCAGCCGGGUUACGGAUCGCAUGUUAGAGGUACAAAUAUACUGGUUCCCUUUCUUCCUUGUUACGUUUCUAAUACGACAAAAAGAUGUGUUUGUUUGCUUGAAUACAUUCAAUAAUUAAUUCUAAAACAACCAUUUUAGGUGUCCGCUUCUAGUGUUAUAUUCAGACUGAUAAUCUUGUUCUCCUGAAAACCAAAGAAAUGCAUAUAGUAUCCAAUUUAGCUAAAAUAUUAGUUUCUUAACUGAGCUUGCGAUAGAUCGAUCGCUUUUGUUUAUCAGCUGUCAUUAAAAAAUAUGUAUAUAUAUUAAGGAAAAGACGCUUUUUUGCGCCAUACUAGCACGUCAGAUUCGCAUUUUGAAAAAUAGCUAUUUUAUUGCUUAUCGAAGAGGGCAAUAACCGAAUGAGGGAAAUAACGACUUAAGUUCUGUAUUUUUACAACGAACGCCUGAAACAUUUUGGGACUGAUGGCACAACAAUGUUGCAAUUUUCCUCUGUCGCAAACGAAGCGAGUUCCGCUUCUUUGUAGGUAAUUGAAAACCGUGUUUUUCUAAGAAAAAAAUACAUCCUUCUCUUUAAAACCAAGCUCAGAUAAAUUUUCGAUUAAUACCCGAAGUUAAGUAGUACAAUUAUGCAAAUUUAUUUAAAAGAACCCAGCCAAUCUAAAUCGCUACCUUUUUUUAGAACCAUGACGCUUCACUUGACAGUGUUCAGAGUCAGGUGCUCUCAGGGGUGUCCGACAAGGGGUGGGUUCACUGAUCUCGCUCGUAACUAGUGUCACGCGAGGCCUUUGAUGAUAGUCAUAACAAAACAAAACUGGCGGGAGAUCAUCAAAACUUGGACAGAUAUUUACAUUUUAGGUGGUGUCGCUGCUUACCCAAGUGAAUCUUCGCACGAAUCUUCGUAAGGAAAUUCAUUCAUUUCGUUGCAUCUCUAACACCGCUCCCCCUGAUGAUAAAUUAAAGGACAUGGUGGGGUAUCGGCAAGUCCAUCUUACUCCCAGCCCCUUAAAGAGCACAUUCAAAGAUUUCCUUUUCAAGCCGGCGUGCGGAAAAGGUUGUCCGUUUUUACCGGUGUAUGGUUCAUCGAAAAAAGACAACAUAUAAGCGCAGUGUAUUAAUUCGUUUCCCUUGUUUAUAGAAAUAAAACAAACACGGAGUCACAUCUUAGAUUGGUCCAUGGGACUGAUGGCACAACAAUGCCUGCAAUUUUUCUCUGUCGCAAACGAAGCGAGUUCCGCUUCUUUGUAGGUAAUUGAAAACCGUGUUUUUCUAGAGAAGAAAACAAUACAUCCUUCUCUUUAAAACCAAGCUCAGAUAAAUUUCCAAUUAAUACCCGAAGUUAAGUAGUCAAAAUAAUGCAAAUUUAUUUAAAAGAAACCAGCCAAUCUAAAUCGCUACCUCAGUUUUUUUAGGACCAUGACGCGUCACUUCACAGUGUUCAGAGUCAGGUGCUCUCAGAAGUGUCUGACAGGGGGUAAGUUUACCCAUCUCGUUCGUGACUAGUGUCACGCGAGGCCUGUUGAUGAAAGUCACAAUAAAUCUGGCGGGAUAUCAUCAAAACUUAGACAGAUAUUUACAUUUUGGGUGGUUUCUGCUGCUUACCCAAGUGAAUCUUCGCACGAAUCUUCGUAAGGAAAUCCGUUCAUUUCGUUGCAUCUCUAACACCGCUCCCCCUGAUGAUAAAUUAAAGGACAUGGUGGGGUAUCGGCAAGUCCAUCUUACUCCCAGCCCCUAAAAGAGCGCAUUCAAAGAUUUCCUUUUCAAGCCGGCGUGCGGAAAAGGUUGUCCGUUUUUACCGGUGUAUGGUUCAUCGAAAAAAGACAACAUAUAAGCACAGUGUAUUAAUUCAUUUCCCUUGUUUAUAGAAAUAAAACAAACACGGAGUCACAUCUCAGAUAUGCCACCAUAAUUGGUCCAUUUCUACAAACUGGGGAAAUGAAAUAAUCUGCUGAAUUUGAUCAUUUUAGUUCUGGGCUGUUCUGUGCUGUGCCAUUUACAAAUCGAUAAUAUAAAAUGCAAACGCCUGGGUAGUCCAUUUCAUCUAGCACUUGCUAAUUGAGUAAGACAUGAGCUUGGCAGCGCUAGCUACAAGUGACAUUUAGGGGGAAAACUUCAUUACGGAAAAAAAAACUAAAGAAACACAGUUUGGUUUUCUCAGUUCCGCAGCUCUCUCGUGGAAUUUUUCUCUCUUUCUUGCGAACAGUACAGAUUCACUAUCCGAAUGCGUGAAUAACAGACAGUUAAGAGUUGAAAGUUUGAGUACACCUAUCGAAUGAAGCACGAGGCAAAAUACAGCUUGCGACUUUCUUUAUUAACUUGUUACGCGAACAGAAAGAUAAUUACAAAACUCAUUCAAAGGAGGAAAAAAGAUGAUCUUUCCGUCAUAAUAUGAAGUGUUCAUUUCCUAGCAGAAUGCUAAGUGUCAGUGCUGUCUGUAGUCUGACAGAAAAUUAAUAAAAAUAGCCAUCGAAAAUAAAUACUUCACCGAUCUCUGUGAAAAAAAGUGUUGGUGUCAAUUUGUUUUUCAAAGGCGAGAAAUUCCGUAAACACGCACUCUCUGAAGACGAUAGAUCUAUGAUAUCUGCGAAAUAAUAGAGAAUCAGAAACCUAUUUUAUUCUUGAGCUUUUUUUAGUUAUUCUGGUGCUAUCGAAAUUAACGCUAAUGCAUUUAUAUUAAAAGUUCCUCAGCUUCCGUUCAAACUUAGCAAAACACAGAACUACACUUGAUGCAUUAUAAUUCAAUACGUGAACGAAAACGGUAUUGGGACAAAGUUUUAUUCAAACAGUCAAAUAUUUUUAAAUGUAGUAGCCUCGUGUUUGGAGAAAUAUGGGGCUUGUUAUUUACAUGAGCGAAAUUUAAUCGAAAUGUCAUGCUACUCAAUACAACUCAAUAGACAAAACGCGUCAUUAGUCAGUCCAGAACAAAUUGAGCGCCGCUCAUUUCAUUUCAUUUUAGCAUGUAUUCUCCAUCUUAUUGUUAUUUGUUGCAAAGUUUCAGAGCAGUAAUGAUAUAUUGUUGAAGUGAGUGACGAAAGAAAAUGGCCCAACAGUUGAAUUUUACUGAACCAAGCGAGGAGGAACUUGAGAUGAUGGACGAGAUAGAACCUCAAUGGUUUCUUGUAACGGGAUUUCUCCUCUCUGGCUUCGCUUUAGUCGGUAACAGCUUCAUCAUUUUGCUGAUUGCUUCAAAAGAGCAGCUCCACCGUACCACGAACCGUUUUCUCGUGUCUUUGUCCUUCGCGGACCUUGGUGUCAGCUUGAGCGUGUUUCCAGGCGAUUUUUUCUGCUUACCCAUAGAAGAAUGCCGCUACCAUCUACUCGCGUCUUUCCAAUGGGCGUUCUUGUACGCGUCUGUCGCCAACCUGUGCGCGCUUACAGUGGACCGGUACAUAGCCAUCGUGAAACCGUUUAUCUACGUCUUAUUUAUGACGAGGAACCGGGCUGUGGCCUUCACCCUUGCGGCUUGGAUUCUUCCUUUCAUCUUUUCCUUUGUUCCUUUGAUUUUUAUAAACACUGAAGAACAUAUACUCUACAUGAGGAACUACACUUACGUAGUGACAGUCAUUUUCGAGUUUAUUCCCCCGGUAAGCUUGCUGUUUGUCACUGCACAUAUGCUUUACAUCGCCAGAAAACACGCUCGCGAGACGGCGAACGUCAUGCAGCAAUUACGCUACAAUCAGCCCGCUCCGGGCAGCACCAACCCGCCUCCCUUGCGCCAUGGUAACAGAGCAAGGUCUUCCGUGGGGUUCAUCGCAUUCGUCGUCAUAUUCUUCGUUCUGUGUUACUCGACAACCAUUGCAGUGUCCUGCUGUGACAUCUUUGAGCUUUGUGAUCUUCCAUUUGAGUUAAACAGGGCACAGGUAUUGCUGCUGAUUGCUAACUCCGCGUUUAAUCCCUUCGCUUAUGCACUUCUCAAACAUGACAUCAAGAAGGAAGUUAAACAACUCCUACGGGUUGGGGCCGUGGAUAGACAGCGCUCACCUCUUCAAAUGGAACAGAGAUAGACGUACAGAAUAGUUUACGUGUUUAUGGCAGUCGGAAGAAACAGUAAAAUUUCUCUUCCGAUUGUUUUAAGAAGAUUUUCGUGGAGUUUGUCGGAAAUCGUGCAAACGCUUCUAUGCUUUCCCGGAAAUUUGCGAAGAUUACCGAAAACCAUCAAAAAGGCCUAACUUAAGUAACAUUAUCAGUAUACUCUCAAAUUAAACUUAAGGGUUAGAAUGUUAUUAAUUCACGGUAGUUUAUGUGCACUGAAAAAAAAAACGCUUUUAGUUAAAAACAACAUUAAGAUACGAAAUAUAUGAAAGAAAUUGUUAUUAGUCAAUCAUUACAUUGUUACAUUCAAAUAUGAAAUAAUUUAUUUUAUGAGAAAUAUGCGAGGAUAAACCAGUUUCUAGUUAACUUGGUAGGUAGCUAUUUGUUUUGAAAGUUAAAAUGUUGUCUUUAAAUCAGGCAUAAUACGACAUUUGCGUUCAAUAGAGUUUUUCAUCCUGUUUAAUUUUCUCUUACUACUGAUAUAGCUACUUGCCCUAAUUUCGUUUGAUAGCCUGGAUGAUUGGUGAGAAGACAGAACUUGUUUACUCUUGGUUGAAAAGACUAGAAAUUACAAGACGUCCCGGCUUUUUUACCGUGUAAAUAUUUCAAGUGUACGCUCGUUCAUUUUCCCUCCGCUUUCUCAAUUGUUCUCUAUUUUCGUUUACAACGGGAGAAAAGAGCUAUGGACCAUAGAACCAAUCUGUAUCAGUGGCGCUUCCAGACCUUGAGCUAAGAUGGGGGCCCGGUUUUGUUUUACUUGCCCUGCCGGCUUUUCUUCCUUCUGUCAUUUCUUCUUCUUUUACCCAAAAUAGAUCUAGAUCCGCCACUGUGAAUCCAAAAAUCUAUGAAUUAAACUUGAUGAAAACCGGUAAACCUUAGCCUCCCGCACUGGCUUGUUUCAAACGUCGGCAGCCUAGAAAUAAAUGCAAACUGAUAUGAUAGUUCAUAUAGCGGGGGUUCACUUGUUUUGUCAUGCUCACUUGUGACAGAUGCACCAGAUGGUCGGAUUUGUGUAAUCAAUUAGGUACCCGCGCCGGAAAACUGACAAAAUGUUAGAUCCUGUUGCAUGGUAAACUACAUUAGUCGGUUGUUGUGUAAAGUAGUGCUGUACGUAAUGGGUUCUAUAAAAAGCUCUACUUGUAAAAAAGCCUAUACAUAGUACGAAAUCUGUUAUUCGUCGUUCUAAAAGCGGUUACGCCGAUAAAAGCCUCGUGAAAUAUGUCCACGGCUAAAUCGUUUUGAAAGCUCAGUGCGGCUUUACAAGCGCUGCUCGUUAUAAAAGUUCAGCGAAUUUUUUUUUUCCCAUUAAAAGCGGUAAAAUGUCUAAAAUAUGCACAGCUUCUAGUUAAAAAGGUACAGCUUGUUCUAAAAGUGCCUGCCUAUUUUCCGCUUUGUCCUUAAGGCGGCACUCCCUAAAAGCACAAUAAAAUGUUCGGCUUCCUUCUGAAAGCGUCACUUGAUAAAAGCUAAAUGAAAUAUCAUCUAAACUGUUGGUCUUUGGCCAUCGUAGCUUGAUUAAAAAUGUAAAACAAACAGCUUUUUGCUGACAUUUCAAGGCCCUUUCGGUCCUUUCGAAACAUGAUCACUGAGGGUCCCCAAUAGGUUUGGCGGGAUGUGGGAUUUGGCUUUUUUUCGCCGUGAUAUUUGGGAUUUGAGCUGAAAACAGGGGCGGGAAGCGGGAAUUACAAUUACGAGCGGGAGUGGGAUUUAGUGUUUUGAUGGGCUUGGGAUGAGGGAUUAGCAAGGGAUUUCAAUUUUUACGUGGCCUCAUGAAUUGAUUAGCGCAAAAGCCGCAACUUGGGCAGAAAUGAACCUUUUGUGCGUAUAGCUGUGUCAGGUUUCAAGUAAUGUAUAGCAACGGCUCUGUACCCUCUUAGGUUCUGUCAAACGUAUCCAUUAUCGCUUGACCACGUUAGUAUCAUAAGACUGUAUGAGGUCUUUGAGUCCUUUUGCGAUCCUCUGACAUGAAUGACAUCUGUCCAUUUCCCACAUCUUCAAAGCUUGCGAAUGUAAUAUUGACCCCC